AAUAAAAUUCUUACGUAUUAUCUUUAUGAUUGGAUGAAAAGAUAACCAUAUUUACAAAACUGUGUGCACCGGUCUUUUUAGCUGUCUCAUAAAAUUAAUGCCUCGUUCCUCCACAACGGUCAUAUAAAUUCUCCCACUUUUUUUUUUUUCAUUCUGUUUCCUUCUUUUCUGCUAUACUUUUCUCUCGCGUAUAUUUAUUUUUUUUUCAAUCACAAAAAAUGGUUGUCGCUGUUGCUGUUCUUAAGGGUGCUGAAGUUUCUGGUGUUGUCAAGUUCACUCAAGCUUCUGAAGAUGCCAAGGUUGUCGUUGAUGCCUCUUUCACCGGUUUGAAGCCUGGUAAACACGGUUUCCAUAUUCACGAAUUCGGCGAUACUACCAACGGUUGUAUUUCCGCUGGUCCCCACUUCAACCCUCAUAAUAAGACCCACGGUGCCCCCGAUGCUGAAGUUCGUCACGCUGGUGACUUGGGUAACAUCGUUGCUAAUGACAAAGGUGAAGCCAAGCUACAUAUGGAAGAUGCUCAAUUGAAAUUGAUCGGUCCUUUGUCUAUCAUUGGUCGUACCGUCAUUGUUCACGCUGAUGAAGAUGACCUCGGUCUCGGUGGUCAUGAGCUCUCUGCCAGCACUGGUAAUGCCGGUGAUCGUUUGGCUUGUGGUGUCAUUGGUGUCACCAAGCAAUAAGUUUCUCAUUCACUCUACCUUCUGGAAACAUUGAGAAAGCAAGUUGCCAAUAGUGCAGCGUUUUUGUAACAAAAAAAAAACUUUUGUAUUUAUUUUCUUAUUUUUGCCAAAAAAAAAAGCCCAAAAGCAAUGAACAAUAAAAAUUUCUCAAAAAACGUGGAUAUCGGCUUUUCUUUUUUUUUUUCACGGGUGGGGAAAUGCGGGAUCUAUGUAGAAUUCAGUU